UUUGUUGUUAUAUAUCUAUACCUUUUCUGAAUCUCAUAGAUAACCAUCAUGGCCGACGUAUCCGACCCCAAAAUUGCUGACGCUUACGAGCAAAUAAGGAGUAACGGGGGAGAGGAGUCCUGGAUGUUGCUUGACUAUGAGUCUGAGAAGUCCAACAAGCUUGUCCUAACCGCUACCGGAAAAGGCGACCUUUCCGAACUCUCUGCCCAACUCAAACCCGAGAACGCUUCAUUCGCCUAUGCCAAGGUUCGAUACGAAAACGACGAGCACUCUUUCCGGGAGAAGUUCAUCUUGGUCAUUUGGAUCGGUGAGAAUGUCAAGGUUAUGAGGAGAGCAAGGGUCUCUGUGCACGCCGCGGAUGUCAAGAAGGUCUUGCGAACAUACUCUAUCGAAAUUUCAGCCUCCACUCCUGCCGAUCUUGAACAGGAUGACGUCGUGACCCGUUUACGACGAGCUGGUGGUGCCAACUACGACCGAUCCAAGUUCGACUAGAACAGCAUUGAACAGUUGACAUUGGGAUUUGAGAUGUAACUCGGACAUACGUCAUUAUGAGCAAGACUUGACAAUCUAUACUUGACUGUUGCGCAUUUAUGAUUAAGGAUACUCCUUGUGAGGACAAGGAAGGGGCGGAGUGGACACAGGCGACCGCAUAUCGACAUUGCAUCGUGACCGGAAGGUAUUAGACAGCCUUUUUGCUGUUUACUAACACGGAAAUUGACAUAUUAUUUGGUCGCUAUACCCCAAGACCUUCAAUGAAGCGGGCAAGGUUGGCUAUGAGAAGGCAUCCCUGGGCUCAUGAAUGCGAUGAACUACUGAAACGAAAAGAGACAGUAAAGAUGCGAAAGUGAAAGCUGUCACUCAAAGUGAUACCGCGGAACGGCUCAUCGGCUCGUUGUGUUCUCAUAACGGUGCAAAACUCGCUUCCGUUCCCAACAACAUUGUAGUAGACCUCUUUUUUGACUUUCAUUGACCUCCGUAGUGACACAUAAAUAACCUGAGAUUUGUGCUACAUACUGGCUAUCACGAGCAACAUGGUUGUAAAUGUGACUAUCAAUUCUUUCAUUAGCCUUCCAAGGGGUCAAACAAGAUCCCCACAAUUUUCUUAUCAGAUGAAAAAGUGUUGAAUGGGCGACAAUAGCAGACGUGCAUGUAAUCCUAGCCCAUUAUUUCUUCCUCAAGACGACGACGCACCAUAAGGCAACCUCCGAUCUCUCUCCCACGGUUGGGUGGAAGACAGCGAGGAAACUUCCUCGUGGACAAUUAUAUACAUAUAGAGGGAGCAAACAUCUUCUUCGGGACAG